UGCAUGGCGUUUGAACAAAAAAAUCAGCAGCAGCAGGCUGCACUUGUACGUUUAAAGUUGUGAGUCGUUCCAUGGCAGCAUUCGGGGCAGGAGCUAAGGGGUAGAAUUCGGCUCAAAGCAGUUUAGCAAAAAUGUGGUCUCCACCUGUUCUGUCUGUGUGCGGUAGAGCGUUUCCCAUUCGCACGCGAGGGGGAAACACAGCAACACGUCGCAGACGCAGAGUGCAAAAUUACACGUGCGAUUCAUCACAGGUGACACUCCGCAGGUGACACGCCAUGGACAACAUCCCCAAAACGAUAAUCUCGUUGGAGUAUGAGCUCUUCUCUGCUCAAGAUCUGGGGGCCUCCGUGCUGAAGCUGGAGGCCGUGACCCUGCACAAGGUUGGGGCAGAGUCGCCCACUUUCUAUGGGGUGAUGAAGGAGUCAGAAGAACCCGAGCGGUGGGCCAGAGUGUUCACGGAGCGUGACGAGGGCGCGGCGCGGGAACUGGCGGAACGGCUGGACGCGUCCCUCCGCCCGUUCACGAGCUGCCCGCGGGACGACGGCGACGACGACCAGCAGAGACGACGCAAGCUCCUUGCCGUCGCCCGGUGCCUCCAGGAGCGGCCGAAGUGGACGCUGGCGCACGUGGCGGCCUACUGCGGCCUUCACCAGGCCCUGUCUCACGCCGAGGUCUGCAGGAGCAUCGACGAGCCGGAGAACGACAACGGCCGCACCCCGCUGAUGAUGGCUGUGGAGGCGAAGCAGGUGGCGUGCGCGCGUGGGCUGCUGGGUAUGGGUGCGCGCCCGGAAGUGGCGGACAAGCAGGGGAACGUGGCAGCGCACUACAUGGCCGCUCAAGUCGACGACGACGUCGCCAUGCUGAUCUACGACCUAGCGGAGGGCGGCACGAAAUCGCUGGACUCGCGUAAUGGCGCCGGCAGCACGCCACUGCACGUGGCCGCACGUGCCGGGGCGCUCUCCGCCGUCAUCGCGCUGCUGGCCAAUGGCGCCGACAUCGACGCGAGAGACGAGGCCCACGGAGACACGCCCCUGCACGUGGCCAUCAAGAGCAUCCUGCAAAACAUGAGCGACAGCCACAGCUCAAGCGGCAUCAUUGACCAUUUGCAGAAUCUGUGCACGGUGGUGAAGGCCCUGGUGUUGUUUUCAGCUGACCUGACGGUGGAGAAUAAAGAUGGACAUUCGGUGUGGGACCUUGCAGCAGACGUGCACGCCGGGGGCGUGAAGGACCAGGUGUUGUCACUGCUGCGACACGGCGAAGCCUACGCACGCGCAUCAGCGCCAACUCAGGUUUCAAGACCCAAUGACUCCGGUGCUACUGCGGAAGAAGACGGCAAAUCAAGCGUCACGGGCGGCAGUGGUGAUGGUGGUGGCGCGGCACCUGUGCUCGGUGGGGGAGGCCGCGUGCUCUGCAUGGACGGCGGUGGCAUUCGGGGCCUGGUGCUCGCUCGCAUCCUUGAUUUCCUCUGGCGAAAGAACAAUCGGCGGAGCUUGGCUGAGCUCUUUGACUGGGUGGCCGGUACCAGCACGGGCGGCAUCCUGGCAAUCGCCAUAGCCCUUGGAUUUCAACCACCGAAAAUAAUGGGGACGUACUUACAAUUGAAGGACAAAGUGUUCCGAGGAGCCAAGCCACAUUCAACCAUAAAGCUGAAAGAGGCCAUGAGAAGUGUAUUUAAGAACGUUAAUCUUGGAUCCACCACGCACCCAAGGGUGAUGGUGACGUCCACCAAGGUGGACAUUUUUCCGGUGGACCUGAUGUUGUUCACAAACUACAAACAUCCUGAAGCAGAGAAGCACGGAGACUCCCCCGGUCUUCCAGAUCUCAUCGACUAUCGCAUGUCGGACCUUCCUGCGUGGCAGGCGGCCACGUGGACCAGCUCGGCGCCAUUCUUAUUCUCGCCGAUCUAUGACCUGGUGGAUGGGGGCCUCCUGGCCAAUAACCCCACCAUGACCAUGCUGGCGGAGAUCUACUACCACAGCAGAGGCUUGAAGUCCAAGGAGCCAGGUCUGGACGAACCCUCACUGAAGGUGGUGUUGUCCCUCGGCACUGGCAAAAAGCCCCGAAAGGAGGUCGGGUCCCCGUUUCCAGACUGCAAAUGUGAAUUGAUGUUUUCAAAGCAACGAAACAAAAUGCUUCAUUGCAUCACCUCCAGUCUGACCUUCACCGAAGCACAUCACCUGAAGGCCGCUGCGGCGUGGUGCCAGACCGUCAACGUGCCUUACUUCAGGUGAGAUUCUCGUUGAGCUAAUGUGGACAAUAACACGUAAGACAAAUCACGCACACGCAUGGCAGCGGCGCAGUGGUGACAACGCUCGCGCCUCGCAAUGAAAAGGGGCCUGGGUUCGACUCUGGGAGCAAUUUUGCGUGAUUUCUGGAUAAGCUUCCCGAGUGUUUUCCACUUUCCUCCCCACAGCUAGAAAAAAAUAACACACAUCCCAAUGCUGAAAAUGUACAUGCAAAUACAGCAGACAAAUACAAAUACAGUAGACGCUCGAUUAUCCGCGCUAAUGACGGGGAGGGCAGCUGCGGAUAAGUAAAAAUCGCGUAUAAUCCAAACAUAUAACUAUUUUCCGUGGAUCUCUAUGCCAAAAACACUAAUAUUGGUAUGAAUGAUGUUUAAGUUUCUCUGUCAUCGCCCGGUUUUGUA